GGUAUAGGGUGACAAUAAAUAAAAUUAAAGACAAGAGACACACUCUCAUUUCUCAUCACUUGCCUACCCAUUUCCUACCCUUAACAUCACCACCACCACCCUAUAUUAACCCUAAAACACAACACCACCCACUUCAAAAAAUUUCACUUCCAUCCCUCAUCUUUCACAUACAAAUUGGUUUUGAUUGGAGUGUUUUAAAGUAAUGGGAUUAAGUUGCAUACAAGUUUCAAACGAUGGGCUAGAUUGGAGUCAAACUCUUCUGCAUGAACAAACGUUAAUGGAUCAGCUGCCCAAAACUGCCACCGGAAGAAGACAACUGCAGCAGAUCAACCAUCACCAAUCAGAGCCGUUGAAUUGUCCACGGUGUGACUCCACAAACACUAAAUUUUGCUAUUACAACAACUACAACAAAUCUCAGCCUAGGCAUUUUUGUAAGAGUUGUAAGAGACACUGGACUAAAGGUGGUACUCUCCGGAAUGUUCCGGUCGGCGGCGGCCGUAAAAAUAAGCGGCUCAUCAAAAACUCAAAAACUAGCCCUAAAACCACCGCGCCCGCCACCAAUAUAACAAAGCAGAAUCUUCCUAUUGCAUCAGAUAUGACGUGUCAGUCAUUGAUUAGACCACCAUCUUCAGUUUUGCAACAGAAUUCUAUCAGUUCCGGUAACUUCACGAUCAGCGGCAACGAUAAUAACGGUCUAUUUUUCGGUUCGAGUUCGAAUUUUCCGGCUCAAGGGUUAAAAUUUCAGUAUUCAAAUUCUACGAGCCCGUCUUCAAUAUCCAACUCUUUUCAGAAUAUUUACAGCUAUAAUAGUGCAGAAACUAUGGAAGAUUCGAUCAUCACUGCCGCCGUGCCGGCGACUAGCGGCGGUGUUAUUAGUCAGCAUCAUCAUGAUCAUGAGCUAUGGCAAGUGCCAAGUGGAAGCCGUGGAUUGGAUACGAUGACAAGCUAUUGGAAUUGGGAUGAUAUAACUGAUCUCAACUUGUCAUGGGAUGAUCCUGAGCUCAAACCCUAAUCGCAUGGCUUCAUUUUUACCAUUACAAGGACACUCAGCCACUCACAUUUCCACCAAGCCUAGAGUGUGCAAGGGUUGAAUCUCUAUAUUGUAAGAAAUUUCAACAAAGGUUCAUUUUGGCCCUUCAACUUAGAACAAAAGAUAGAAUAAAGCUAAACUCGCGAGUUUGAAUAAAAAUACCCUCAAAAUAGACGUUUUGUCUCGUUUGACCUCUUUAUCUUUAAAUGGACCAGCAAUUUAUUACCACCUCAUCCCCAAUUCCUCCAAUCAUUUUUUGUCAUCACGGCCAAAGGAGUAAUAUAAGUCAAAUUAAUCAAUUUGUGGGUUAUUUUGUCGAAAACUAUAA